AAGACAUGCCAGCUGUCCCAGCCUCCAACAUUUCCUGCUUGGUCUCACAUCUCUCUUGCAAUGCCUUUUGGCGUGCUGCGCCUGUCGCCGGCGGAUUGCAUAUUCAUCAUCGACAAUCAAUGACCGCGUUUGAGAUGGCUGGGCUGUCAAGUGUCCCGCAUUUUCCAGACAUGGGCCUUUUUCUUUGGCCUUUUCAAACAUCAUGACUUAGCACAUCUGCGGUCUUCGUUUGAAUUGGAGCAGUCAAGGCGCUUUCUUUGACCUGACUAUUUCCUUCCGAUCGUUGCCUAGUGAUACUUUCUGUACAAAAGGCUACAGUGACGGCUGGCCGUUUGAUCGACCACCUACCCCUCCUUGACCUCGUUUGCAGCCUUGCAUGCUAUAUCCUUCUUCCUGACCUCGUCUGUUAUGGCCGCCAUGAUGCCUGCACCACCUUUUGACGAAUUUUAUGCCGCGGGGAUGAACGACGACGCCCACUCGCUGCAAGCAUCCAUCGAGGAUUUUGAAGAACAGGAGCGCCGCUCGCCCAUAUUUCCCGACUUGAGGUCGGAUCGUGGAGAAAGCGACAUCGAUGACAGGUCAAGCGAAGGAAUGCCUUGGUCUCCUCCAGGGUUCAAGAGCAGAAAUUCGAAUGCGAGUGGGUGGUUCAGACAAGAUCCGUAUAGGAAUUAUGACUUGAAACCUUCAAUAAGUCCUUCGAGAUCACGACAAACGAGCCCCGAAAUAUACCAGGAUGCGACGGAUGGAGACGGAGAUCCGGAUAUCACUAUAGCAGUAAAUACGCCUCUACCUGCUGGUGCGGAUUCGCCUAGAAGAGGGCAAUCUCCCGAGAUCGAAGCGCAACGCAGUUCGAGGAAUGGAAGUCCAGAGCAAGAAGACACGAGACCUUCAGAAAGCCCAAACAAUUACGUUCGUUUGCAAUUUCGAGCAGAGGUACAACAUCGUGAGCCAUUUGUGCCGAUCCUCAACUUUAUCCAGAGAAAGUUCGAUGCCAUGACGAAGAACGCAUCGACGACGCUUCUAUCGGUGGUGACCACUAUCGUAUUUGCUUCGCUACUGCGCAUUAUCGUUGUUCCACCAGUCCCUCCACCGGUCCCGGACCUGGUGAAAGUGUCGACCCUUGCGAAGUCUUUCGAGCCCUUAAUCUUCUAUUCCGAGAAUGGCUAUACCCAAAUCACGGCACUGCAGGAGACAAGUGUGGCUGUAUGGGAUCUUGGAGAGUCUGUCAGAAGUGCUAACAUGACUUCGGCGCCAAUUAUUGUCCGCUCUCUCGACGAGCUAUCUGAGAGCCUGAAAACCCUGGGCCUCGAAUUGACACGGUUCUUCUCCGAUGUCGAUUCUGAUGUGGACAGUAUCCUCAUCGUAAUGGACUGGGCGAAGCGAGAAUUAGAAGGCGUGACAUCAGGGCAGGGCGCCCCCAUCACGGGAGUCAUAUUGGACCACCUCCACGGCUUAUUCAAUAGGGGUGGUUUGCUUGAGACGUCCAAGGGACCGACCGCGUUGGGGAAGAUACUGACCGACAUCUUCGGUUCGAGCUCGCCGCAGAGGACGAGAGCAACGCUUACGAGGACAUUCCACGAAUUUGUGAAUGUCCUGGAGGAAUCGAUCAACAGCGAGUUGACUCAUUCAGCCGCACUGUUUGCACUGUUUGAGUCUAUCGACCGCCAGUUUUUGAACCUGCAACGGACAGUUGUGAGAGAGACAGAUACGCAGGAGAGACUUGAAAGUGAUCUUCUGUCGUCAUUGUGGACUAGAGUGAUUGGACCCAAUGCGGCGAUGCUCAGAAAGUUCGAAAAGAACAAGCAGCUUCUAUCAAGCGUGCGAGCCAGGACCGUCAACAACAAGCACCUGAUCAUGGAACAUCAUGGUAGACUGCAAACACUCAAAGUCAACCUGGAAACACUGCGGAGAAAAUUGGUUAGUCCACUGGUCAGGAGGAAUGACUCAGUCAGCAUCGACAAUGCCAGCGUCCUUGACCAGCAGAUCAGAGGGCUGGAAGGGACGUACGAUUAUCUACGAGCCGUCAGGGAGAAGCAGAAGAGCAAACUCAUGGAAAUGGUCUACGGUGCCAAAGCUGGAAGACCGAGGCUUGUGGGAGUCAGUGGUGGAUUGGAAGGUAUCGGGUUGGAAAGCUGAGGCAUUGAGAGGUACAGGCGAAUUUGGGCUUCUGAUGCAAAAACCAGUAUCAUGAGGACAUGAUGACUAUUAUGGACGUGUGAGCCAAUGUCUUCGAGCGAGCAGUUCUGUAGCUGAUAAACUAUCAAUAUCGACACUUUGUGAAAA